AAACACCUCAACUGCCAUCUGAUCCCAGGCAGUAUGGCCGACGCAGAGCAGCCAGAAGCUGGGCCCAGCGAGCCCCAGGGACGCGAGGUGGUAUACUGCGGAGUGUGCUCAUUGCCCCCAGAGUACUGCGAAUAUGGAGGCACUGUUAAGAAAUGCCAGGACUGGCUGCAGAAAAACAACCCCGAGAUGUACGACAGGAUCUGGUCGCCCGAGGCCCUCCAGGCUGCGACCGCCGCAUUGUCUGUCGAAGCACAACAACGAGCCGAGAAGGAUGCAAAGAAGAAGGCAGCCAAGGCUGAGGCCGCUGAGGCAAAACAUGCCGACAAGCUCAAGAAGAGUGUAGUCACUGUCAAGAGGAUUGAGCGGAAUAAGAGGAAAUAUGUCACGAGCGUUUCCGGUCUGGAGUCUUUCGGACUUGAGUUGAAGAAGGUUGCAAAGGACUUUGGAAAGAAGUUCGCAACGGGCUCCUCCGUAACAAAGGUCGCAUCUGGCGGCGAGGAGAUUGUGGUGCAGGGAGAUGUCAGCGACGAGAUCAAAGAGUUCAUCGUCGAGAAGUACAAGGAUGUGCCAGAAGAAAACAUCGAGCUGGUCGACGACAAGAAGAACAAGAAGAAGGACGCUGCCACUGCCGCUGGUUAG